AUGUAUGCAUGCCUAAACUUCUUGAAGCUGUGCAAACUGAAGUACUACAAUUUCAGCCUCUUCCACUUCGUCCAACGGGGGUUCAUUGCCCAGACAGGGGAUCCAAGUGGGACUGGAAGAGGUGGAGCGGCAGUCUUUGAGAUGUUAUAUGGGAGCCAAGCUCGCUUUUUUGAAGCUGAGACCAAACCCAAGUUGAAGCACAAGAAGAUGGGCACCAUUUCGAUGGUCAACAAUGGUAGCAACAUGCAUGGUUCCCAGUUCUUUCUCACCCUAGGUGAGGACCUUGAUUACCUUGAUGGUGUUCAUACAGUGUUUGGGGAGGUGGCUGAGGGCAUGGAUGUCAUUCUCAAACUCAAUGAUGCCAUCUGUGAUGAGGAAUGGAGGCCUUACAAAGAUAUUAGAAUCACCCAUACUGUGAUUCUGGAUGAUCCUCUGGAUGAUCCAACUGGUUUGGAAUAUCCUGACAUGUCUCCUGAACCCACAACAGAGAUGCUCGAGAGUGGCAGGAUUGCAGUGGAUGAGGAGAUAUUUGAUGGCCGGGGGAAGACCUUGGAGGAACUGCAAGAGGAAAUUGAGGCAAAGGAGGCACGAGCACGGGCCACCAUCCUUGAGAUGGUUGGGGACCUGCCUGAUGUGGAUGCAGCACCUCCAGACAAUGUCCUAUUUGUCUGCAAGCUGAACCCAGUCACGAGUGAGGAUGAUCUAGAGAUCAUCUUCAGCCGGUUUGGAACCAUCCUCAGGGAAAAGAGCAGUUUUUAUGAAACCAUCUACUUGUGGUUGGCUGAAUUGGAAGAAGUAGAUGAUGCUGCAGAGUAUUUUCAAAGCCAGCAAUACUGUGAAGUGAUCCGGGACCAGAAGACGGGGAAUUCGCUCCAGUAUGCAUUCAUUGAGUUUGAGGCCCCACAGGCAUGUGAAGAUGCCUAUUUCAAGAUGGACAAUGUCCUCAUUGAUGAUCGUCGCAUUCAUGUUGACUUCAGCCAGUCUGUUGCCAAGCUCCGGAGGCUAUACCAGUGCGAAACCAUCACCGGACUCUACAAAUUUGGAAAGUCAGAUGCAGAAUGUGUUCAUCUUCUUGGUAUGCCAUGGUCCUGCAUCUACAAGGCAGUGAAACGCUUCAAGGAGCUUGUUAUAAGUUUUGACUACCCCAGGAGCGGCCACCCAGCAACUGUCAAUGCCCCCAAGGUCAGGAAAUGUAUGCCGCAACUGCUCGGACGUAACCCCAACCGCUCCAUGCAUUCUGUUGCCUCCCCCCUUGGCAUUAGCAGCGAGUAUGCUCGAAAGAUAGCCAAAGACAGGCUAAAGUUGAAGCCUUACAAGGUUCAAAAGGUGCAGCUGCAAACCCCUGCACAGCAGCAAGCCAAGCUGCAAAAAGCGAAAGUGUUACUCAAGAGGUUCAGUCACAAGGGAUGGGAGAAAAUUCUCUUUACCAACGAGAAGAUCUUCACUGUAGCUCAGCAUUUCAAUCGCCAAAUUUAUCACUUCUGGCUCUGGAACAAGCACCACCCUGGCUGCUUCUGGAAGCAUAUUUAUCUUGCUGAAUGUGGAAUGGUGACAGGGAAGGGGGUGGAGUACAGUGGAGGAAAAGGUAAGCAGAGUGGAGGAAGGGCAGAGGAGGAGAACAUUCAGGCUUACAUCCAUACUUUGAAGGCAUCCUUGAAGAAGGAAAAGGAGAAAAGAGGACAGAAACAUCAAAGUCUUGAGGGGAGAAAUAUGAAAAGGGAGCAGAAAUAUAGUAAGGGAGGAAGCAGCCGAGAAGAUGGAAGGUAUAGAGAAAACUCACCAAUGGACAAAAGGAAAGAUCAAAGGGAAAACUCACCCAAGGAGAAGAGACAUCAAAGGGAAGAUACAUUGAAGUACCAGGGAAGAGAUAAAGGAAGCGGAAUUCCUAGUGAUAAGAAAGGUGAUCAAAGGCAAAAUUCACCAAAGAACAAGAGAGGAGAUCAGAGGGGAUAUUCACCAGGGGACAAGAGAAGACAUGGGAAACAUGACACACUGAGAGAUAAGGCAAGGGAUCAAAGGGAAAGUUCACCCAGGAGCAAGAGAGGUGAUGCAAUAGAAGAUUCAGCAAGCCAAAGGAGUGGGAAGCACAAUUCACCACAUGACAAGAGAAGAGAUGAAUUGGGAAAUGAGAUGAGUAAUAUGCAAAAAGAGGUGAGAAAAUCUUCAAGGGAUGAGAGACAAUCAUCUUGGAAGGAAAUGGGCAAUUCAGCAAAGGAAAGUAGAACAGAUUUUCCCAGAAAAAGCAGUUGUCUCAACAAGAGAGGCCAAUCUCUGGGUGAUUGUCAGCAGUCUACUGAUGAUCUAUCUCAAAGUCAUCGACACCGUGGUGGUGGUCACAAGCAGUCUCAUAAAGGGGAUGGAGACACUGCUGUGCCCAAGAAGAAGGCUAAGCAGAGCUUCUCCCCUAUUGUCAAGAAAAGGCAGAAGAAGAAACAGAAGAGGUUCGUGUUCUCAAAAAGAAAGAAACGAAGUGGAGGUAUGGUGAAUGAGAGCCGAUCCCCAAGUCCGGGAAUCACGAUCCACACGUUCACGGAACCCUUCCAACCGGAUCCUGUGCAUUACUACGUGCUGCGGAUGCGAGACAGCCUCCUCCUGUGGCUAGGCGUUGGGCCUCGCCCAGCCCUAGGUGAUCUUGCCGUUGCCAUGGCAACGGGGACUGGCGAGCCGAUCGCGACCAAACUUCUCGGCAAUCAUUCCUGUGUGGUCUCCAUGGCAAUGGCAGCUCGCCUGACCCGGCGCCUGGGGAAACAGGUGUUCCUCAGUUGCAAUCUCCCCUUGGAAAACGUCGGUCUGCACGCACAGGUCGAAAAGAGGCUUCUCGACGAGAUCACCGCCAAGCCAGAAGUCUUCUGA